AGACGGCUGGACCUAUGGGGGAUAUGUGUCUAAAAAAGGUCGAGGUCGGUUCCAAUCCUGAUUCAUCCUGGUAGAACAAGCUUUCCUAUCCAUUUUGAUGUGGAAUUUAGCCUUAUAUGAUUUGAUCUUGAUGAAAUGACUAUUUUUUUAAAAAAUCUUGCGCUUUUUUGCCCCCUCCCAUCUGGCAGCACUGAGCUCACAUGUUGUUCGGCCAAAGUUAGGAUUUUCUUUCUGCUUGAGUUAGUGAGUGGAACCCACUGGACAUUAUUCUCUUGUGUUGAGUAUGCGGCCUGAUGCCCGCAACAAGAGGGGGCACGAGAGUGACAGCACCGAGGACGAGGACGACCUAGCCAAGUUUCGCGAGGCGGCUGUGGCCGUGACACCUUUGCCCACACACCCAUCCGGUCGAUCCAAUGGGCCGGAUAAUGUCUGUGUGGCGGCGCCCAAGGCGAGUCAUUCGCUCCAUUGCAAUGAGACAUCGGAGAAAAAGUCGUUGAGGCGCGACAAAAAUAUGGUGGACGAGAAUGGAUUCCCUCAAGCUUCGGCUUAUUUCACUCCAGAAUUCAAAGAUUUUGUUGCCAAGAAACUGUCCGAACACAUGGAUAGAACAUUCAAAGAAAAAACGGUCAAAUCUCCGCGGCUUCCAUCGUUGUCGUCGCCAUCGCCUUCACCUUUGUCGUCGUCAACGCGAUCAAAUCCGGCGGCCUCGAGCCUAACCACCGUCCAGGAUCCGCUGCCCCAACCAGAAGCUCUACCAACAACCACCCAUCAAAGUCCACUCAAGUCCUGCCCAGAGCUGGAAAAUCCAUCUCCCCCAGGGCCUCUGGAUGGCGAUUCCAGCCAACGACAGCGCCAUAAGAAGGUCCUCCCUGGUGCCUUCACUCUACCCUCAUCGUCUUCUCGCUCGGAUGUCCAAAGCUCGAGUCCGAUCAAUCUGUCAUUUAACAAUGACGAUUCCGGAGUACGAUUGUUUUCCAAUGGACCCAAGAUACGUUUGCCACCAGGUUGUUGGGGCCCAUUCGGCCUGCCAUCCUCACAAGAUGAAUUGGUCAACGACGACGAUGACGACGACGGCCAUGAUGAUGAUGAUGAUGAUGAAGAAGAAGAAGCAGAAGGCGGCGAGAGGUCAAACCUGCUCGGUAAAUCGAAACUAACGAACUCGGAGAAGAAGAAGAAAAAGAUGAUCAUGAUGAUGACGACGACGACGACGAAGAAGAAGAAAAAGAGGAAGAAGCCUGAUCUUUUGGAGGCGAUCAAGCGGAGGAAGACCCUACUUGAGAAGGAGUAACCACCCUGCUCAGUCGUCCGUCCGUCCAUCCGUCGGUCCUGUUUUCCUGGAUUUGAUUUUAUGAAGAAAUUCUCGUGGUGCCUCAUUGCGAUCACCCGCCAGAUGCAUGUGUGUGGGCCGACGAGCGGGUUUCCGAUGAAGAUUGUCCCAAUUGGAACUCGUUCAUGCUCCGACCUGAGACUCAUAAAUUAUCCCUAUAAAGCGCAAUUGCCAGAUAUGUGGGCAAUCAUACCUCUGAAUUCUCUUUGGUUCCGGCCUCAUGAUCGGACCAGUUGAAAAAGAGGCGAUUCAGGUUGGCUCAUUGUGAGUAGACACGAAUCCGUUCAUCGGACACUUUCGCAUUACGUGGGUACGUACAUUCAUUUUACUGAAAGACGGGCAUCCAUCCUGUCAUAUUUCCAAGCUUGGAAGCCAGACCCUGAGAAGCGUUCGAUUCAUCACCACUUCGCCAGCACAUUUGGUCCUAUCCUAAAUUUGGGAGUUAUUGAACAGGGUGUCGUGUAAAUUUUGAUUUUAAUUUCACUCCCUUCUCAGCCAGUUCGGACCACAGGAAAUUGAAUGCCAGGCUUAUCUUUCACGAGCUCGAGUCGUAUUUCAUCCUCAAUUCAUGUGAUAGUAAUCUUUAGUGAUCCACAGAUAUGGAACACGCACCAUCCAUCCGACUGACCACCACCACCACCGCAAAAAGAUCAUUAUUAUUAAUUAGAAUGAUAUAUAUCACAAUAAUUAUGCAAAACGAGUGAAUCUUCCGGCCCUGGCUUGAGCAAUACCGAGGGUAGCUUUAUGUAAGAGAAGAGACCUCAAAGCUCAACUGGUUUCAUGUCUGUGGGAACGAUCUGUUGUGUUGGGUGCAAAACAAUGGUCUCAUAAAUGUCAAAUACAACUUUGGAUUAAGGGGGAAUUUAUAGACUGAUUUGGCAUAAUCUACCAUGCUCAUCGUGGCUUCUCUCACUUACUCAUUCUCGUUCAUUCGCAAUGACGAUCGAAUGGAUUGCAUUUGCAUCCUUGUGUCAGUAUCGUUUCCGUUUUCACUAAAAAUGUCAUUUGAAACGCAUGGAAAUAGCGAAAAAAAUGUAAAUGAAUGCCCGAGUCACGAUGGUCAGUUCUUUGAAUACCGUUCGCCAGCUUGCUUGAUUAGUGUAUCAUCAUCAUCAUUUUCAUCAUUAGUGGUAGUAGUAGUGGUAGUAGAUAAACUAGAGACGUGGACAGCUUUGAGUUACCCUGUACAUCAUGUCAGACAGUCAGAUGAGUUGUUAUGGCGAAAAUCCCAGACAUGCAUUCGAGUGGGUGCACUUCCACAAAAACUGCGGCAAAUUCUCGCAAUCCCGACUUCUUCUCUCGACUGACUUCAUAUGAAAUGGAUUCAUGAAGUAAAAUACUUGUCUCCGGUGGCAGAUUGACACCCUAGUUAGAGAUGGAAAUGAAAAUUUUGUGCGAGGUUUGAACCAACAAGGAGGAUCUUUGUGGUUUGGUUGGAAUAAAAACACGAGAUUGCGAAUAGUCUGUUAAUGGAAUUUCAUGGGACCACCUGCGUCGGUAACAAGCACCACAUACCAAAGUCAUGUGAACAAGGCUCCGUCAUAACUGUUUCCAAUUAGAACAAAACAAGUGCAAACAAUGUCAAAGCUUGAAAUAUGUGUCUUUUGUUACCUCGCAAGUCCCACAUGGACAGACUUAUUUCUAUGAAUCGAUGAUCCUUUAUGAAUGUAAACACGCAUCUUGUUAAAUGAUUUUUCAAGUUUGACAAAUAAAAUGAUUUUUUCAAAAAAAAGGUGAUGAACGAGUACAAGAAACUUGGAUUUAGA